UCCAGCUCAUUGUGCCCUGACUUCGUUAUAGUGGCUUCAGUCUCUCACCGCCGAUGUCGAGAAACUGCUAGCCUGAGGAAUCCUACGCCUGCAGAGCUCCCCUCCGACCUCCUCAGUGCUUUCCUGUGCCUAAGCGGAGGCAUUGGAGAAGAAAGAAUGGCUGUGAGCCACCUGCCCACCAUGGCCCAGGGCCUGGUGACCUUCGGGGAUGUGGCUGUGCUCUUCACGCAGGAGGAGUGGGGGCGACUGAGCCCUCCACAGAGGGCCCUGUACAGAGACGUGAUGUUGGAGAACUACAGCAACCUGGUCUCACUCGGACUCUUAGGACCCAAACCUGAUACGUUUUCUCAUCUGGGAAAAGAAUGGAUGCUGGAGGUCUCCUCAGGAUGCUUCUGUCUUGCUGUGGUCAACUCCAUCCUGAGUCGCUGA